UUUUUUACAUAAAAGUAGAAAAUUUUAACGUAACAUUUAAAGAUGGGUAUUAUCAAAAGAUGAAAUAUCAGUUGAACUUUAAUGUGAGUUACAAGCGCUGAUGCUUCUAUUUGAACGGUGUCGAUUAGCAUCGCUCUUUUAACGGAAAAUAUAAUAUUUGACGAUUCUCCCGCAGGAAAUAUUGCCAUAUUGAUUUCAAUUAAUUUCUGCGGACAUAGCUGUACGAUUCAUAGCGCGUUAAUUACGAGCAGGGCUACAAAUGUUAACUAAUUUCAGCCUCGCGUUUCAACGUAUUUGGCCGCAUUUUUCCCGCGCGGUAGCAGUUAUGUCUCUGAUAUAUACACGCGUGGUGGUUAAUGCUGUCGCUCUACGUCAAGCUUAAUUUUUAAUCCGCCGCGUAGUGCCGUGUCGUGAAAUAAUUCGCCGCUUAUUAUGCAAAUUUAAUCGCGCGUUUAUCGCGAGGCGCGCUAAUCGCAGAUAACUUUCCCGCUUAACUUCACCGUUAGGAUGCGUUUACUCCUUUUUAUUUUCCGACGUAACAAAGGACGUCCGGGCCGCUUUGUUUUCCCGGCAGCAGAUACGCCCGCUAAACGCGGAUUAAACAUCCCCUCUGCGAUCCCUCUCGACGCGAUCAUUGUGUCGCCGUUCUUAUAAUCGUCUAGGUGGUUACGCGCGACAUUUAUGUUCACCAACUCAAGCUACGGCUGUUGCCGUCAACAAGCAGCAUCCAUUCAAUCGCUAAUCACUCCGAUCGGACGUUUCUCUUUCGGCAAAUUAAAAUGGAAAAAAAGAAAAAAUGUUUCCGACCUCUUUUGCUCUUUCAAGGUGUCUAAGCUUAAAGAUGUAAGAAAAAUCAUUCGGAGAUUCUGGGUCGCGAAUCGAGAAAUAGAUACUUUCGCAAGAAGACGAGCCGAAUAACUCUCGUGAUGGUUCCGAGAGACAGAUACUCCCGAGUGAGCUUAGUUCUCCAAAGUUUUCCGACUCCCAUCACCUUCGCGAGCAUAGUUGCUCGGGACAUCUCAAAGCAUUUCUAUUAUUCGGAUCGUUCUACUUUGGUCUCUCGAGUCAUUUGGAGGGAUAUUUUGGAGCGCGGAAUUCUCGAAUACGUUUCUCCGCUUCGUAUUUGCUACCAAGUCAUAGCGUAUUCGGUGUGACGGCGAUGUUAUAACGAGAUUUUACGUCAAUGGUGUGGCAUCUGCUCGCAAGAAAACGAUUUCGUUUGAAGAUUUCGUGCUUCAAAGCAUACACCGUCUUCUUCGUCCCGCAAAUGUAUUGUAAUCGAGGAAAAUGCACGCCCGAAUGUGCAGCAGUGCGUCCUUUAUCGGCGCGAGCAUUCUACAUAGAGCUUUUCCGAAUAUUUGCACGUUAUCGCUUGUGUUUGCGUCAUGGACUCGAACUUUCAAUUCCUAAUCGAUCCGAGGCGCCAGGCGGGAAUCUCGGAGACAGACGCUGGCGUCUCUUUGGUUCUUUGCGCGUUUACGUCGACGAAGAUAUAAAAAGAGAGAACGAGAGGAAGAGAGAGAGAGAAAAGUAGUCACGGAAAAGAGUCAAGUAGUUUCUAUUUUUCUACUCAUCGCUCGAAGCGAAAAUCUAUUUUUUUACGCCUCGCGAACUGUACUUUGCUCAAGAAAAAGCCCGAGAGACUCGGUUAAAUAGUCGAUAUAAUAGUUGUAGAAAACGGGAAUGCGAUAAGGCGUUCACCAUUGAUCCAUCAACGGUAUAAAAACGCGCGCGUCCGCGUUCGCCUUCGCAGCGUGCGAAGAUCUACGCGUCCAAGAUGAAUUUCGGGCAGCGUCCAGAAGAUAAAGCGCGCCGAUGCGCCGCAUCGCUUUGUGCCGAAAGCGGCGUUUUCCCAGCCCGCGCGGCCGCGCUGCAGCUGCGGGAAAUGCAUCGAUCGCCGAUGCAUUUCGAUGGCACCAACGUCACGCUUUCGGCGUCAAAAGGCCAAGGUCGGCCUCGCUUAAUUGCGUGGACGAUCGCCGACGUCUUGCCGACACGCAGGAUACACAGGGUCGGGAUUGGAGAUAGACAAGAUGGACCAGCAGUAUUGUCUACGGUGGAACAAUCAUCCAGCCAACCUCACAGACGUUCUCAGCUCCCUACUUGCUAGAGAGGCACUUUGUGACGUGACCCUGGCUUGUGUUGGAGAGACAUUCAAGGCGCACCAAACCAUACUAUCUGCAUGCAGUCCAUAUUUUGAGAGCAUUUUCAUACAAAACACCCAUCCCCAUCCAAUUAUAUUCCUGAAAGAUGUCAAUGAUACGGAGAUGAAGGCGUUGCUGCACUUUAUGUAUAAGGGUGAAGUUAACGUUAGUCAGCAUCUGCUACCGAUGUUCCUUAAAACAGCGGAGGCAUUGCAGAUCAGAGGCCUCACCGAUAAUAGUGUAAAUAACAAGACAGAGGAAAAGAGUCCAUCGCCAGAGCCAGAAACGCAAACUGGAGUCAGACAUAGCGAUUCGCCUAAUCUUCAGUCUCAUCCUGAGAAAAGAAAAAGAAAACAUUCAGGCAGCUACGAUGUUUCCCUUUCUGGUCCGCCUAGUGAGAGAUUCUUAUCCGAUUCUCAGGCAUCCUCACAGUGUAGUUACAAAUCGAGUCCUUCUGUAAUUCCAAAGUUAAAUAACGCCCUGGGAGUUGAGAUGGAAGAGGGUGGUCGACCCAUAUCUCCUGCUUCACAACCACAGGCUUCUAUAAAACAAGAGGUGGAUCAUCACUUACCGGACUUCCAUGACAAUAUUUCCCUCCCUACUAGUAUGGAGUGGGAGGUUCAGAGAGAUGGGAAGAGUGACGAAACUAUGGAUGUACAGAACAUGACUUCAAAUCGUCCAGAUUCGGCUGUGGUGCAAGUUUCUCGCGAAAGUGCCAUCAUGGCUGGAGGUUCUCUCUGUGUCAAUAUGUCAGGAACUACAUCUGAAUUUACUGGAAAUUCAUAUAAUCUAAGUCAAACCGUACUUGUGAACUCGCACAAUUCGUAUAAAAACAAUAAUGUUUAUCCAAUGCAAUCUUAUUCGUUACCCGAAUGUAGUUCGAAUGUUAAAACAAUUGACAGUGAUGUGCAUACAUCGCUACGAAUCAAUCAGGAACCCGGAAUGUCUGUAAUUCAAUCAACAUUAUGCGCGAAUUUGCAGCGUUCUAUUCCGCAAGGUAGAAAGGCCGGUAGAUUUAGACCAGGAUGGUUAGAAACAUAUUCCUGGCUGCAAUACGAUGAACGAUCGAAUCUUAUGUUUUGCAAAUACUGUAGAAAAUGGAGUGAAUCCAUACCAGAAAUUCGCACUUCAUUCGCAGCGGGAAAUGGCAAUUUUAGACUUGAGAUCGUGAACCAUCACGAUAAGUGCAAAGCACAUAAUCUAUGUGUGGCUAAAGAAAGCGAAGCAAAAAAAAAUUACGCUUACGCGACAAAGACCUGCUAGCCUCGAUAUUUAUCGUAUUCUAUUCGUGCCUAUCUAGCUUGUAAUCCGUUCCGCUCAAUUAAUUUAAAAGAAAUUAUUAUUAAAUUAAUGAUUUAUAAAUACAAUAUUCACGUAAAUACCAUAUUUGAACAAAAUUUCUUGUCUCUUUUAAUAAUUCGUUUUAAAAUUUAAUCAAACUUGUAAUAAUGAGAAACUUGUAACAGAAUGUGUUACAAGCAUAUUAUAUGACUACCCACAAUCUCUUCGAUAUUCCUAAA